AUGGAUUCUGCUUCGAAAGAUAAAUUGAAUUUUGAGAGAUUAUUAUUGUUCCACAAAUUUCACGCCUUGAUAAAUUUGCCAACGCGAGUUACAACCUCAUCUGCAUCAGUUUUGGAUAAUAUUCUAACUAAUCAAAAUGGUUUUCAUCAGGCUGGAGUUGUAAUUGCAGAUUUGUCUGACCAUUAUCCCGUUUUUUGUUUAACGAACAAUAUGGAAGUUCAAAAAGUUAAUUCAAGUUCGAAUCGAAAUAAUGUACCCAAAUUGAACGUAAAUAAAAUAAAGACAAUCCUAAACAACACCAACUGGGAUUUCAUUUUGAAUGAUGGUGAUGUGAAUCGUUGUGUGCAAAAAUUUCUUGAUUAUUUUCGAAGGACGGUGGAUGAUUGUUGUAAGUUUUUGCCACCUGUGAGUUCUAAAUUUAAAAAAAGCUGGAUGAAUGCGGAUCUUCUGAAGCUCUGCAAAGAAAAAAAUAAGCAGUAUUUAAAACUCAUUAAAGAUCCAUCUCCGAAUAAUUUAUUUGUGUAUAAAUGCCUUAGAAAUAGUUUUACAAAAGCUAAACGUAAUGCAGAAAAACAAUUUUACGACAAACUUUUUAAAUUAAAUAAUAAUAAUAUAAAGGCAAAAUGGCGCUUGAUAAAUGAAGUGAUGAAUGUUAAAAAGCAGACCACUCGAAUUGACCAUUUGAAGUUAAAUGAUUGCACAAUCUCCGAUAAAAAAGAGAUUUGUAACACACUCAACCGAAAUUUUAUUGAUACGAUAAAUUCACUCCAAGGCGGAUUUAACCAGAAUUUGCAGCAUGAAAUGUUUUCAGAUCAGAAUAUCAACACAUUCUACUUAGAUGAAAUCAAUACUGCUGAGUUGUUCAGCAUUGUCAAUUCCUUCAAACCUAACAAAUCCACGUCUGAUGAUGUGAUCACGGUGGCCUUCACAAGAUUAUUUUAUCUUAUGUGGUCUCCGGAAUCAGCUGUCUGA